AUGAGAGAAGCAAAGAAAGGUCAAAAAUCUUUGUUCUUUGGUAAAACUCCUUCAGAAGAAACGAAAGCUAAAAUUAGUGCAGCUAAUGGUCAAGCGGUAAAGGUUCUUGAUAAAGAAACGAAUGAGACCACAAGUUAUUCUUCAGGUAUUCAAGUAGCAAAAGCUCUCGGUUGCGAUGAAAAAACGAUUC